UGGAGCGCGCGGCUCACUCUCUGGACGGACGCGCGCCUUCUCUCGCGCCAGACUCCUCUUCGCGCUCUUUGUCAUUUUCCAGCUUUCGAAGGUGAAUUCUGACGGAAUAUUCUCCUUUAUAGUUGAAAAUAUGUCGGCAAAAUGGAAAACCGAAGAAUCACAGAAGUCGAAGGAAAAGGAGUUUGAAAGGACAUCUCAGUGACUGUGAAUCAAGCUUUUAACUGAUUGAUUAUUUGGCUGGUUUUUAGGUCGUCUACGAGGAAUAAAACAGCAUUUUUACCUGGUCCAAAAAUACAGCUCAGGUUUCCACACUCAAGGAAUAUGCUGAAAUAUCACAAAACCAAUUCAAAUUAAGAGUUAUUUUUAAUAUCGAGUGGAAUAUAAAUCUCUGGAGAUGGAUGUGAUGAAGGAACGAGUUUUGGCCCCCGGUAGGGAACGACUGAGGAAUCUGGCCGGGAAAACCCUGGGACACAUGCACAGGGUGAUGGAGCGGAAGCAGGAGAAUGCGGGUGAGGUGAUGGAGCUGACGGAGGACGGGCGGCCCGCGCAGCUCCGGGAGAAGAAAGCGCCGCUGUGCGACUGCACGUGCUUCGGGCUCCCGCGCCGCUACAUCAUCGCCAUCAUGAGCGGCCUCGGCUUCUGCAUCUCUUUCGGGAUCCGCUGCAACCUCGGAGUCGCGAUCGUCGGUAUGGUCAACAACAGCACGGUUCACCGGGGCGGCAAGAUCAUCAUCACGGAGAAAGCCAAGUUUAACUGGGACCCGGAGACGGUGGGGAUGAUCCACGGCUCGUUUUUCUGGGGUUACAUCGUGACACAGAUCCCGGGAGGAUAUAUAUGCUCGAGACUCGCGGCCAACAGGGUGUUCGGUGCUGCUAUCCUGCUCACCUCCACGCUCAAUAUGUUCAUCCCCUCUGCUGCUCGAGUGCACUACGGCUGUGUCAUGUUCGUCAGGAUCCUGCAGGGCCUCGUCGAAGGUGUGACCUACCCAGCAUGCCAUGGGAUUUGGAGCAAGUGGGCUCCGCCCCUUGAGAGAAGUCGCUUAGCAACUACCUCUUUUUGUGGGUCGUACGCGGGCGCUGUGGUGGCCAUGCCGCUGGCUGGGAUAUUAGUGCAGUACUCAGGCUGGUCUUCUGUCUUCUACAUAUAUGGCAGCUUUGGGAUCGUCUGGUACAUGUUUUGGAUUCUGGUUUCCUAUGAGAGCCCAGCAGAUCAUCCCACCAUUACUGAUGAAGAGAGGACUUACAUUGAGGAGAGUAUUGGAGAAAGUGCCAAUCUAAUGGGGGCGACUGAGAAAUUCAAGACACCCUGGAGGAAGUUCUUCACCUCCAUGCCGGUCUAUGCAAUCAUCGUGGCCAACUUCUGCAGGAGCUGGACCUUCUAUCUGCUGCUCAUCAGUCAGCCAGCGUACUUUGAAGAAGUGUUUGGCUUUGAAAUCAGUAAGGUCGGUAUGGUCUCUGCUCUGCCUCACCUGGUCAUGACCAUCAUAGUGCCAAUCGGCGGUCAACUGGCUGACUUCCUGCGCAGCAAAAACAUCUUAUCCACCACCACCGUCAGGAAAAUCAUGAACUGUGGAGGGUUUGGAAUGGAGGCCACUCUGCUGUUAGUGGUUGGUUUCUCUCACAGUAAAGGAGUGGCCAUCUCAUUUCUGGUGCUAGCUGUUGGUUUCAGCGGCUUUGCUAUAUCAGGUUUUAAUGUCAACCACUUGGACAUCGCGCCGAGGUACGCCAGCAUACUGAUGGGCAUCUCUAAUGGAGUGGGCACGCUCUCUGGUAUGGUCUGCCCUCUGAUUGUAGGUGCUAUGACCAAAAACAAGACGCGUGAGGAAUGGCAGAACGUGUUCCUGAUCGCCGCACUGGUGCAUUACGGCGGCGUGGUCUUCUACGGGAUUUUCGCGUCUGGUGAGAAGCAGCCAUGGGCCGAUCCGGAGGAGACCAGCGAGGAGAAGUGUGGCUUCAUCGAUGAAGACGAGUUAGCGGAGGAGACCGGUGACAUCACGAUGAGCCAUGCUCCUUUCGGGGGCCCCGCCAAAACAUACGGGGCCACGACCCAGCUGAACGGGGGAUGGGCGAAAGGAUGGGAGAAAACUGAGGAAUACAUCCAGGAGGACGCCGAGCAGACGUAUAGAGGAGAACGGUACUCCUAGAGUCAAAGCACA